CACAGAAGGGAAAAAAAGAAAUAAGAGAUUCAAGACAUUUACAAGAAGAUGGACAAGAAGAACCUGCAGUCGGAGGCAAACUAGAGCAUCCUCUGAACCUAUCGGGGUCUGGAGGUUCUCAAGGAAUGGCCAGACACUCCAUCUUAUAUUUUAUCCUGCUGAGUUCUCUGAUUGACAAGAGCCAAGCCUGUUUCUGUGACCAUUACCCAUGGACUCAAUGGUCCAGCUGCUCAAAAACCUGCAAUUCUGGAACCCAAACCAGACAGAGGCAGAUAGUUAUAAAUCAGUACUAUCUGAAAAACUUUUGUGAUCAGCUUUGCACGAAGCAGGAGACCAGAGAAUGUAACUGGCAGACUUGUCCUAUCAACUGCCUCCUGGGAGAUUAUGGACCAUGGUCAGACUGUGACCCUUGUGUUGAAAAACAGUUUAAAGUUAGAUCCAUCUUGCACCCCAGUCAGUUUGGAGGACAACCGUGUACUGAGCCCCUCAUGACCUUUCAACCAUGCAUUCCAUCUAAGCUCUGCAAAAUUGAAGAAGUCGACUGCGAGGAUAAAUUCCGCUGUGACAGUGGUCGCUGCAUUGCCAGCAAGUUGGAAUGUAAUGGAGAAAAUGAUUGUGGAGACAAUUCAGAUGAAAGGAAUUGUGGAAGAACAAAAGCAGUGUGCUCAUCGAAGUAUAAUCCCAUCCCUAGCGUACAGUUGAUGGGCACUGGGUUUCAUCUUCUGGCAGGAGAGCCCAGAGGAGAAGUCCUUGAUCAUUCUUUCACUGGAGGAAUAUGUAAAACUGUCAAAAGCAGUAGAGCAAGUAAUCCACAACGUGUUCCGGCCAAUCUCGAAAACGUCAACUUCGAGGUACAAACUGAAGAAGAUGAUUUGGAAACAGAUUUCUACGAGGAUUUAAUUUCUCUUAAAGAUGAUACAGAUCAACAAACCUCAGCUAACGGCCAGAGCCAGGGCUCUUUUCAUGUACCGAUCUUUUAUUCCUCAAAAAGAAGCCAGAGCGACACCUCUAAUUCUGCCUUCAAACAAGCCAUUCAAGCCUCCCACAAAAAGGAUUCCAAUUUUAUUAGGAUCCAUAAAGUGAUAAAAGUCUUAAACUUCACAAUGAAAACUAAAGAUCUGCAGCUUUCUGAUGUCUUUUUGAAAGCACUUAACCAUCUGCCACUAGAAUACAACUCCGCUUUGUACAGCCGGAUAUUUGACGACUUCGGGACUCACUAUUUCACCUCUGGCUCCCUGGGAGGCGUGUAUGACCUCCUCUAUCAGUUCAGCAGUGAGGAACUAAAGAACUCAGGUUUAACAAAGGAAGAAGCCCAACACUGCGUCCGGAUAGAAACAAAGAAACGCUAUCUUUUUUUUAAAAAAAAGAAAGUGGAACGCCGGUGCACCACGAACACGCUGUCAGAGAAGUAUGGAGGUUCGUUUUUGCAAGGAGCAGAGAAAUCCAUAUCCCUGGUUCGAGGCGGGAGGAGUGCGUACGCAGCAGCUUUGGCGUGGGAGAAAGGGAGCUCUGGUCCAGAGGAGAGGACAUUUUCUGAGUGGGUAGAAUCAGUGAAAGAAAACCCUGUUGUGAUUGACUUUGAGCUUGCUCCCAUCACAGACUUGGUAAGAAACAUCCCCUGUGCGGUGACAAGAAGGAACAACCUCAGGAGAGCUUUCCAAGAAUAUGCAGCCAAGUUCGAUCCUUGCCAGUGUGCUCCGUGCCCUAAUAAUGGCCGCCCCGUGCUCUCAGGGACCGAAUGUCUGUGUGUGUGCCAGAGUGGUACCUACGGCCAGCACUGUGAGAGACGUUCCCCGGAUUACAAAUCUAAUGCUGUGGAUGGGAACUGGGGCUGCUGGUCUUCCUGGAGCCGGUGUGAUGCUACUUACAAGAGACGGAGAACUCGAGAAUGCAACAACCCUGCCCCCCAGCAAGGAGGGAAACCCUGUGAGGGGGAGAGGCGGCAAGAGGAGCACUGCACAUUUUCCAUGAUGCAGCACAAUGGACAACCAUGCAUCAGCGACGACAAGGAAGUGAAAGAAGUAGACCUUCCUGAGAUAGAAUCAGACUCAGGGUGUCCUCAACCGGUCCCUCCAGAAAAUGGAUUUAUCCGGAAUGAAAAGAAACUGUACUCAGCUGGGGAAGAAGUUGAAAUUUCAUGCCUUACUGGAUUCAAAGCUGUUGGAUACCAGUACUUCAGAUGCUUACCAGACCGGACCUGGAGGCUAGGAGAUGUGGAAUGCCAACGGACAGCUUGCCUCAAGCCAGUGGUGCAGGAAGUCCUGACGCUGUCGCCAUUUCAAAGAUUAUAUAAAAUGGGUGAAUCAGUUGAGUUAACCUGUCCCAGAGGCUUUGUUGUUGCUGGGCCAUCAAGGUACACGUGCAGCGGGGAUUCCUGGACACCACCCAUAUCAAGUUCACUCACGUGUGAAAAAGAUAUUCUGACAAGAUUAAGGGGCCAUUGUCAACCAGGAGAAAAACAGAAAGGAUCUGAAUGCAUCUGCAUGUCUCCAGAAGAAGACUGCAGCCAUUAUUCAGAAGACAUCUGUGUGUUUGAUACGGACUCCAACCAUUACUUUACUUCACCUGCUUGUCAGUUUUUGGCCAAGAAAUGUUUAAAUAACCAACAACUUCAUUUUCUACAUAUUGGUUCAUGCCAAGACAGUCUACAGUUAAAAUGGGGUCUUGAAAGGACAAACCUUUCAUCCAGUAGCACAAAGAAAGAGUCCUGUGGCUAUGACACCUGCUACGAAUGGGAGAAAUGUUCAGAAGCCACCUCCAAGUGCAUCUGCCUGCUGCCCUCUCAGUGCCUCAAGGGUGGAAACCAACUCUACUGUGUCAAAAUGGGAUCCUCGUUGAGUGCGAGAACACUGAACAUCUGUGAAGUAGGAGCUGUAAGAUGUGCCAACAGGAAAGUGGAAAUACUGCAUCCUGGGAGGUGUUAGUCCUAAUUCAGUGACUGAUAAACAGAUUUACUGUCCAAAAAUAUCACUGCCAAGGGACACUCUUGUGCAAACAGAAGACGGGCAUGUCCAAGAGUUACUGACAUAAUUUCUUUUGUGUUAGUUUCACAUAAUCUUUCUCCCUGCCUCUCCUGUCUCAGCCUCACCCAUCCAGUUCCAGUCUGUAAUGCUGGGUAGCCUACCCCUAGGUAAUAACCUGCACAUCAAUCUAGUAAGUUCUUCUGUUCAUCUUGCACUAAAAUGAUAGGACUUCUAAGGACCUUUUAUAAAGCCUGUGGUAUUAAGCAUCCUGAC